AUGUCGAACCAUGAAGUCAUAGAGGACUCGCAGCGGGUGAUGAAUCUAGAAGAGGAGCAUCAGGUUAAUUCUGGAAAUGGUCAUGUAGAGCAAGAACAAGAGGAGGAUGAUGAAAUGUUCGGCCCAAUGCCUAUAUCCAAAUUGGAAGGCAACGGGAUCAGUCCCGGAGAUAUUAGGAAACUUAUGGAAGCAGGGUAUAAUACAGUUGAAGCAAUCGCAUAUACUCCUAAAAGAGCUCUGCUUACUGUUAAGGGAAUUUCUGAGAUAAAGGCUGACAAGUUGCUAGCAGAGGCCUCAAAGUUUGUUCCCAUGGGUUUCACCACAGCCUCAGAAUUUCAUCACAGAAGAUCUGAGUUGAUUUGCAUUACCACAGGCUCCAAGAAACUAGAUACUCUUCUUGGUGGGGGUAUAGAGACAGGUUCGAUAACGGAAGUGUUUGGUGAAUUCAGAACAGGAAAAUCUCAACUAUGCCACACACUAGCAGUCACUUGUCAACUGCCUAUUGAUAUGGGAGGAGGAGAGGGUAAAUGCCUUUAUAUUGACACAGAGGGCACUUUUCGUCCAAUUCGUUUGGUUUCGAUUGCAAAACGUUAUGGUCUGAAUGAAGAUGAUACCUUGGACAACGUUGCCUAUGCUAGAGCUUAUAAUGCUGAUCAUCAACUUCAACUGCUGAACCAGGCAGCUGCAAUGAUGUCUGAAUCAAGAUUUUCCCUUCUUAUCGUGGACUCCAUAAUGGCUUUAUACAGAACCGAUUUCAGUGGAAGAGGUGAACUAUCUGCAAGACAGAUGCAUGUAGCCAAAUACAUGAGAACUCUACAACGAUUAGCUGAUGAGUUUGGAAUUGCAGUGCUGAUCACUAAUCAAGUUGUAGCACAAGUUGAUGCCUCCGCUGUAUUCAAUCCAGAUCCAAAGAAACCAAUUGGUGGAAACAUCGUUGCUCACUCGUCAACAACCCGUUUAUCAUUCAAGAAGGGUAAGGCUGAGCAAAGAAUUUGUAAGAUUUAUGACUCCCCAUGUCUUCCCGAGAGUGAAUGUGUAUUUGCUAUCUACGAAGAUGGAAUUGGGGACCCUAGAGAGGAUGAUGACUAA